AUGGGCAAAGAGGUUCUUUGGUCAUCAAAUCUUCCAAUUUCACUCACUAAUGCAAGUGCUCAGCUUUUAGAUUCUGGAAAUCUUGUGUUGAAUAAUAGCAACAAUGGAGAAAAAUUGUGGGAGAGUUUCCAGGAACCUUCCGAUAAGCUAUUGACGAAUAUGAAACUUACUGCUAAUGUACGAACAGGUAAGAAAGUGCAGGUGAUAUCAUGGAAAAGUCCUUCUGAUCCUCCACUGGAAGCUUCUCAACUGGCCUCCAUGUUUCAAACAUUCCCGAAAUCUUCAUUUGGAAUGAAACUCGACCAUAUUGGCGGACUGGUCCAUGGAAUGGCCGAAUCUUUAUUGGAGGGCAGGGGGAUCUUAAAGAUGGACAGGAAUAGCAGUGAAACGGCUAUCAAACGCGUCUGGACAAGGCCUAGAGGAGUUUAUGAAUGA